GUUUGAUGACGCCAUACGUACAGAAACGUAACAUUUACGAAAAGGUACACAGCAGCAGCAGCAGCUAACGGACGUUUCUGCUUCGUUUUGGAGUUAAAAGCUCCGUUUUUACCAAACAGACGGUUUAUUUUGCCAUAUAACACACACACCUCUUGUAUUUUAAGCUCGGGAGUCGACACUUGACGGAUCAAGAUGUCGUACAUGCUACCGCAUCUCCACAACGGCUGGCAGGUCGACCAAGCCAUCCUGUCCGAGGAGGACCGGGUCCUGGUGAUCCGCUUCGGACACGACUGGGACCCGACGUGUAUGAAGAUGGACGAAGUCCUCUACAGCAUCGCUGAAAAGGUGAAGAACUUCGCAGUCAUUUAUCUGGUGGACAUCACGGAAGUCCCCGACUUCAACAAGAUGUACGAGUUGUACGACCCCUGCACCGUCAUGUUCUUUUUCAGGAACAAACACAUCAUGAUUGAUUUGGGCACCGGUAACAACAACAAGAUCAACUGGACAAUGGAGGACAAGCAGGAGAUGAUAGACAUUGUUGAAACAGUGUACCGAGGAGCAAGAAAAGGAAGAGGUCUUGUGGUGUCUCCAAAGGAUUAUUCUACAAAAUACAGAUACUGAUUUUUAUUUUUUUUCCCUUUUUUCUGAUGUGUUGUGACAUGAAACAGAGACUACAAGAAGGUCUCUUUCAACUUUUUUCGUUUCUUGGCAGGACAAUAUCCUUAUUCACGGUGAUGAUUGUGUUACUUUGUGCCAUUUUGUUUGUAGAUUGACCAGUUAUUCAGUUUCUUUUUUUGUCUUUUUCCAUUCAAAACCAUUGGCUAAGAAACCAAACAUGGUGCAAAAGUCCUCGUAUUUAAAUGUUUUAAUAAACAUGUUUGGAUGUUUACAUACGAACAUUUUCUAAA